UCUUUGGUCCAGUAGAGUUGAAUCAGGAGCAGCGACGUUCAUCACUGCAACGGAGGAGGUUUCUCUCUCUCAAUCGCUCUGUUCCUCUACUACUCUAUUCCUCUACUACUCUAUUCCUCUACUACUCUAUCCCUCUACUACUCUAUCCCUCUACUACUCUAUUCCUCUACUACUCUAUCCCUCUACUACUCUAUCCCUCUACUACUCUAUCCCUCGCUCCUUAUCUCUGAGUCUCCCUCCUUAUCUGUGUCUACCUCCUUCAGAUUGAUCUCCUUCUCCGAAGCAUCGGCAGCCCACUGGUACCACAGGACUGACUGAGGCCCCAUAUCGUAUUUGUCCCCCAGACUGAGCCCCCCCCCCCCCGUCAACCAUCCGCUCUUUGACCUCGCCCCCCCCCCCCGUGGAGCUGUUAAAACCUGAUAAUGGAGAACAUUACGGCUGUUGGAGCAUCGACCACAGAGACAGGAGGCAUCCAUCUGAACUGCAGCAUGUCCGGGAGGCAUAACUUCAUCUUCACCCUGAUCCCGGUAGUUUACAGCUGUAACUUUGUCAUCGGCAUGGUGGGGAACAGCAUGGUGGUGGCUGUCAUCUACCGUUACAUGACGCUGAAGACAGUGGCCAACGUGUUCGUCCUCAACCUAGCCAUCUCAGACCUUACCUUCCUGAUCACCCUGCCCAUGUGGGCCACCUUCACAGCCACAGGCUACCAGUGGCCCUUCGGUGGGUUUCUGUGUAAGGCCAGCGCUGGCUUGGUUAUGUUUAACCUCUACAGCUCCGUCUUCUUCCUCACCGCGCUCAGCAUCGACCGCUACCUGGCCAUCGUCCACCCGGUGAGGUCGCGGCAGCGCCGUACUGUGCUCUACGCCCGUAUCACCUGCGUCCUGGUUUGGCUCUUCGCCUUCCUGCUGUCCGUCCCCACGGCCCUGACCAGAGACCUGAUGCUGAUCACCAACUACAACAUCACCACGUGUGGCGUGCUGCACCCUGAGGGCUCCAGGCACCUCCUCCUCCUCAUCAGCCUGAUGAAGAGCAUCCUGGGCUUCCUGGUUCCCUUCCUCAUCAUCAUAUCAUGCUACUGCCUGAUUGGUCAAGCCCUGGUCGGGGCGAGGAGCAUCCAGAAGACCACCCGGUCGAGAGACGAUGAGGUGUUGAGGAUGCUGGCAGCGGCUGUCCUAGCUUUCUUCCUGUGUUGGGUGCCUCACCAGGUAUUCCACUUCAUGGAGCUGCUGGCCCAGCUAAAGGUUGUAACUAACUGUGUGAUGGUGGACGUCAUCGACACGGCCAUGCCCUUCACCAUCUGCAUCGCAUUUCUCAACAGCUGUGUGAACCCCAUCCUCUACGGCUUCGUGGGACAGAACUUCAGGAAGAACCUGUUUCUACUGCUCCGCUGCUCUCCCGCUGGCCUGGCCGGGACACAUCCCUCCAUCACCUCGAAGAUGUCUACCCUGUCCUACCGCCCCUCUGAGGCCCUGCACCUCACCAACAAGAACAAUGUAUGAUGUGAAGUGAGGAGAGAAACAGUGUGUAGCUGUGUAAUUCCUUGGCUUUUCUGGUUGUGGUGAAGUGAGGAGUAUGGAAGGAUACACAUUAUGGAUGCCUCCUAAAUACGACCCCUAGUCCCUAUAUAGUGCCCUUUUGGGCCCUUGGUCAAAAGUAGUACACUGUAUAGGGAAUAGGGUGGCAUUCUCUGGUCAAAAGCAGUGCACUAUAUAUAGGGAAAAGGGUGUAAUUUAGUAUACAUCCCCGACUGUUAUACCAAGCACUGAACCAUGGUUAGAAGUUGUACCGUAGAACUGUAGAGAAAUAUAGGUAGAACACGGCUAUUAAAUACUGAGGGAAUGUUCCUUUGUCUCUAAAUCAUAUGAGUUGAGUCCAUGAGACAGGUCCGUUCGCUGCCUUGAACAACAUACAGCAGAUGUACAUGGUUAGCUAACAGAUUUCAUUGUAAUGCAGCUUUAGAACAAAAUGUCUGCAUGAUUUCUUUUUUUUUUUUAAACUGAUGUGAAAUACUAUCACUGUGCUUUGGUAUACCUGUUUUUGUUGUUGUCACGACGGGUACAUAGAUAUGUAAACAGAAGCAUACAUACAGUAUUUAUACUGCACAUUCAGUAAAUGUUAGCUUUGAGUAUACUGUAGCUGAGAUGAAGUUGGUGAGUGAGAAAGUUACUGACGCAGUAAUAUCUUUACCCCUCACCAUUAUAAUAACAGGGGAGGUUAGCAUACCUCCAAGACAUGCUAACCUCUCACCAUUAUAAUAACAGGGGAGGUUAGCAUACCUCCAAGACAUGCUAACCUCUCACCAUUAUAAUAACAG